CAAGGUUCCUGGCCGAGCACCAUCGUCCCGCCAGUGAGCAAUGCAGUGCAGGUACUGCAUUGUUGACUGCGGAAAAGGCCAAAAUUCAGCACCAAAUCAACAAACCACCAAUUUUUGACCGUAACCCCGAGCGCACUCUGGCCUGCGCUACUCCGACUAAAGUAAGGCCGUGAUAGGCGGAGGAAGGAAGGGGUACACACCGAGGGAGGUCCCCACGACGAUCGAAUCUGAAGCCCCUCUACAAUCGCAAAGUCGUCGCCCGGACACCACAACCCGCCAGACGGGAUGAGUCGAAUAUUGUCGAGUCGGCAAGCCGACGAGCUUCACAAGUCGAUUGUCGCAUACCUGUCAGCGAACAACCUGCCAAAUGCGGUUGCUGCGCUGAGGACGGAGCUGGGACUGGAGGAGGAAACCUUUGAUGCAGUCACAGUCAAAAAAUAUGAGACGUUGUUAGAGAAGAAAUGGACGAGCGUCAUCCGCCUACAGAAGAAGAUAAUGGAUCUUGAAUCACGAGUCGCAACAUUGCAAUCCGAGCUCGACAGCGCCACCCCUUCGUCUUUGUCAAAACGUAGCCAGGAUCCAACCUCCUGGCUACCUAGCAAGCCCUCACGAUAUACUCUGGAAUCGCACCAGUUCGAAAUCUCCUGCAUUGCCUUCCAUCCUCUAUAUUCUACGAUUGCGUCCGGUGACCAAGGCUCUGCUAUUAAGAUAUGGGACUGGGAGCUGGGCGAAUUGGAGAGAACAAUCAAGGGACAUACCAAGGCGAUCACUGGUAUCGAUUUUGGCGGUCCUAAGGGCCAUAUACUUCUGGCAUCUUGCAGCUCAGAUCUUACGAUCAAGCUCUGGGAUCCAGCAGAUGCAUACAAGAAUAUUCGAACAUUGUCAGGCCACGACCAUACUGUCAGCGCUGUCCGCUUCAUGCCGUCGGGCAACCUUCUUGUCAGCGCUAGUAGGGACACAACUUUGAGGAUGUGGGACGUCACUACUGGAUACUGCGUGAAGACGAUACGCGGACACUUGGAAUGGGUUCGCGAUGUGUGCCCCUCGCCUGACGGGUCUUCUAUUCUGUCGACCGGCGAUGACCGAACCCUCCGUCUAUGGAAUGUUUCCGGGUCAGUAGCAGAGAAUAAAUUGACAUUGUUUGGUCACGAGAACUUUAUCGAGUGCUGCGUAUUUGCGCCACCAUCCUCAUAUCAAUACCUAGCGACUCUAGCCGGGUUGCAAAAACCGCCGCCCCUAACUAGCACAUCAGAGUUUAUGGCCACGGGAUCGCGAGAUAAGACCAUCAAGCUGUGGGAUACAAGGGGAAGUUGUUUCAAGACACUGAUCGGCCAUGACAACUGGGUGCGGUCUCUUGUUUUCCACCCCGGUGGGAAAUACCUCAUCUCUGUUGCGGACGACAAGGCACUACGGUGCUGGGAUCUCAGCCAGGAUGGAAAGUGCGUUAAGGAGUUAUCAAGUGUGCAUGAUCACUUUAUCUCUUGUCUGGCAUGGGCUCCGUCAAUUGUGAAGGAUAAGGAUAAACCUCCAGCCAACGGCGAGGCGGGAGGAGGCGCACCAGAUGUGCAGAUUCGCUGUGUCAUUGCCACUGGAAGCGUGGAUAUGGCACUUAAAAUAUUUGCCAGAUAGUCGUGCAGGAUUCUACUAUGACCAGGUUCUCGUGCCUAUGCGGAGGCCAUAUAUAAAGUGGUAUUACUACGAGUAGCGGUUUGGCGAGCCAACGGAAGCGUUGCAGAUAUCUGUGCGACACGCGGAUACAAAUUAUAGAACAGGCUCCAUUGUCGCACCAACAAGGGCUGGAGCCGCGACAAUGUUGAUGGGCAGGCUUCCUUUGAAACGGCCAUCCGCACAUACAGUUGUUACAAGCCUCGACGAUAGAUGAUGGGUGGGCUCCAGCUCAAGCGCCUCGGAUGAUAGAUGAUGAGCUGUAUACCAAGCUGCUUGAGUGAUAGAUGAGAAGCGUUAGAAGACACAAUCCACCCAAAUAUAAAUCCGGUGUUUUCAUGAAUAAUAUCAGCAGUGGCAUUGGCCCAUUUCAUUCACAACGAUCCAUUGUAAUUAUGAACAGCCAUAAAAUAGACCAUGUACGAACUGCGCCAGGUGAAGAAAACAUCCGCCAC